CCAUUUCAUUCCCAGUUGAUUACUUCCUUCCCAUUCCCUCCUUUCAAACACAACACAACAUAAACAAACUCACACUAUAUACUCCUCAUUAUCACACACUUAUAACAUACAAGUAACAAUGGUGAUGAAACCACAAGUGAGUGUGGAAUCAAAUGCCACUGCAUCCAAAGACAUCGCAAUCAACACUUCAUCAGUUAACAAAAAGAUGAACAAGUUCAAAGGAGUAAGGAUGAGAAGCUGGGGCUCAUGGGUAUCUGAAAUCAGAGCACCCAAUCAAAAAACAAGAAUCUGGCUAGGCUCCUACUCCACUGCAGAGGCUGCAGCCAGAGCCUAUGACGCUGCACUCAUCUGCCUCAAAGGCCCAACAGCCAAUCUCAACUUCCCCACAUUUUCCCAACAAAACUUCCCUCUUAACCCUCACCAAGUCACAGCCAUGUCACCCAAAACCAUUCAAAAGCUGGCCGCACAAGCUGCAAAUGCUUCUCUCGAUAAUGCCACCACCAGCAGUCCAGAAGACCUCCCAUCUCCGCCACCGCCUUCCACCACUUCAUCGUCGUCUUCUCCAUCAAACACCAUCGAAGAAGAUGAUCUGUCAUUCAUAUCUAAGUUUGAGGACUAUUGCAAACCCGAUCAAACUGCACUAGAUACAAUGGACCGUACUGCACCAUGGUUUAACAGCUUUGGUUCGUUUAAGUUCCGGGACAUGAUUGAUGAUAUGCUCAUCUUCGAUCAUCCACAACCGUCCACCAUGAAUGUGAUCGAAGAUCACUUCUACGAAGAAGGGGAAGAUAUUCGUCUGUGGGAUUUUUGCUAAAGAUUUUGGUUCUUUUAAAAUAUAUUAUCAUUUUAUUUUAUUCAUUUGAUGUUCUUCGGUGAAUUGCUUGAAGACAUUGCUGACAGAAACAAAAGAAAACAAAGGCAUGGGAAGAGACAUUUUUUGGACUGUCCCAUGUGAGUUGUUAGCUAGAUAUUGAAUUCUUCUAUAUAAUAAGGUAUUAUUUUUUUAUAAAGUGUGACAUAUGAUGAUCAUAUGCAAUGUAAUAAAUUAUACAUCUUGUUUACGACAACGCAAGCGUUAAAUAUUUUUUAUUAUUUUCUUCACUCA